AUGAGCAAGCGACAAUCGGCCUCGACAGAAUAUUCCGGAGAAGCUGUCAAAAAGAAACGGACGCAGCAUGGCAAAAAUUACAAGGAUUCUAAUCCAGCGCUGAUGCCCUUUUCAUACGGUUUGGCAUUAGGCCCGGAUCAAAUCAGAUUGAUGAAGCUAAGAGACGGAACUGUCAAUACCAAAAUCGAAUUUGAACUCCAUAUUUUGGAACGUGGAGGAGCCGAAUAUCAUGCUUUAUCCUAUGCUUGGGGCAGUCCUGUCCGCGAUCAAGAAGCCUUUUGUAAUGGACAGAGCUUGAUGAUAACUUCGAACUUACAACUUGCCUUAUCCAGACUUCGAAAAUUUCAAAAGGAUACUUACUUGUGGGUGGACGGGGUAUGCAUCAAUCAGGCAGACCCUGAUGACAAAUCGAUCCAAGUGCGGCGCAUGUCUUCCAUCUAUCGUGAUGCAGCUGCUGUCAUUGUCUGGCUGGGUGAGGAGAAUGAUACCACUGGCCUGGGAAUACAGCUGCUCUCCAACCUCUGCCAAGCAUUUCCCUCCUCCAACGGCGACGAUAUUCGAUCUUUGUACCUCGAUCAUUCAUCGUUGCCAACGGCAGAGGAGCUCGACAAGGCCGGCCAACUGGACAAGUUCGGCAUACCAUCAGAUACUACGUCAGCUCCCUGGCAAGCAGCUGCCAAGAUUCUUGACGCAGCUUGGUUUGGGAGGAGAUGGGUCCUGCAGGAGGUGACUCGCUCCAGGAAAUGUCUCUUCAGGAUUGGGAGCUAUGAGACGACGCCUGAGAUCAUCCUUGGCGGCGCAUACCGCAUCCUUUCGCUUCCCGAAUUCAACCACGCUCUCGAUCACAAGCAGAGAAGGAACUGCAUUCGCGUCGAGAGUAUUGUGCAACUAUUGCGUAUGCAACAGUCCUCCUGGCUCCAUGAGUCGAUGGCCGACAUCUUACUCGAAACCGCGAACUUUGAGUCCACGGAUCCACGAGACAGAAUCUUCGCGAUUGUGGGGUGUCUCAACGGCGUUCCGGAUCAUCUUAUUGACUACAAGAAAGAUUUGACAGAGGUUCUCACCAGCGUCGCUAUGUGCGAAAGCGAUAAAGAGGAGUUUUUGCUAUCUCUACUGAGAGGUUUGUGUUAUGUCGACAAGCUGUCCGGCGAUGUGCCUUCUUGGAUCCCAACAUGGGAAUUUUCGAGUUCGGGAUGGCUAUCGCUGUGGAACGACAUAGAAGAGGAUGCUAUAGACGUCACCCAGAUGGAGGCUUCUAUCUCAGUCGAUAGAAAACGUCUACAGACUCGAGCGAUCAUCUUCGAUCGAACCGCCACAAUCGCCGAUCCGACCUUUGAGAGGGACGGCCUUCCGAUGGCCAGAGAUGAUCCUGAUACACAGGAGCGACAAUUCUCACGGGACUACGUUGAGAAAUGUGGCUGGCUGGUACAGUGCGAAAGAAUAGCCACCGGUGUCGCCAGACCUGCAGACACUAUCGACGGGAGGCUCGAAAGGUUCCUCCGAUGCUAUAUGUUUGGCGUCGAUUUCGAAGAAGAUUUUGACUUUGUCAAUGCUUAUCAGACACAUCUCCGAAUGGGUGCACUCAAGUCUGCCGUACAGGCUGGGAAUCUUGAUCCCGCCUUGGUUGCUGCGCAUUAUAGGCAGCACUGUCGACUGCUGAAUGUACAACCACAGCUCCCAGGAUUGGAUGCCAAUGACGAGACGAUCGCGGUCGAAUAUUACAGAGCAAUGAGUAAAGUCGCUUAUUCAUGGUUCGAGGCUGAACAACUCAGCCCACGGGUAAGGUACGGCCGUCGUUUCUUCGCAAGCCAGAACGGCAGAAUUGGCUGGGUGCCUCAGGCGGUUCAGGCAGGGGACUCGCUCUGUGUUAUCUUUGGCUUUGCAAUGCCUUUCGCAAUUCGAAAAGUCAAAGAAGCUGAUAAAAGCGGUCUGGGUCAAUACAUUUUGCUUGGCGCUUGCUAUGUUCACGACCAUAUGGAUGGCGAGAUUUUCCUAGACGAUAAGCUUGAGAGGACGACUAUUGAGAUCAUAUGA